AUGGUGGUGAAUAAUGCUUUAAAAAGGAAUUUCAUUGGCAGCUUUAUAACAAACUUGCGAGUAAAGAAAGGCUAAAAUCCCAAAAUUGGGAUGAGCUUGGUAAAAAUGCUCUUUACCACUUAGGGAAUAUAACAUGCAAAAACAGGCUCACUUAGAGUGGGUCAAUCGUGGUAAACACAAAAGCUGAUUCCAAAAGCUGGAAUUACCUUGGCAAAAAGUGCAUUAAAAAGGGAGUUUUUUGAGAGCUUUUUUAUAACACAAACUUGUGGGUAAAGAAAAGGAAGCUAAAAUUCCAAAUGCUCUUUCCCACUCGUUGAAUAAAAGAUGAACAGACACGCUCAUUUAGAGUGGGGCAAUCUUGUUUGACACAAAAGCUGAUUCCCAAAGCUUGAAUUACAUUAGUAAAUAGUACUUUAAAUUGGGAUUUUUGAAGGGAGCUUCACGUGAGGCUAAAAUGCCAAAUUUGGGAUGAGCUUGGUAAGAAUGAUCUUUUUCAUCUGGAGUUUGUUUCCAUGUCCUGUAUUUAAUCUUGGUACCCAUUUGGUGCAAAAUCGCAUUCCUGCAUCUUUUUUUAAUCAGGAGAAAAAAGUAACUCUUAUUCCCACAGCAAUUAGAUGGCCAAAUCCCCCACGUGGUAUCUUGUGUUAAAAGAAAGCUGUCAGUAAGAUUUUAAGUUGCGAGGUAUAUGUAAUUACUAGGCGGGAAAUCGAACAGCUAGGAAGUUCUAUUGGUUCUAUUUUCCUUUGCCUCAGAUGAAUGUAGCUGGUGAUCAUGCUCAUAGUAGCCAGGAGAAAUCUGUAGCUCCCAACCCUUAGUGACAGCCCUGAUAAAAGGAAACUUUAGUUUAAAUACUAAAUUAAAACAUGAAUAUACAGAAGAGAAUUCAGUACAUAACAUUCAGGACAGUUAUCUCACAUUACAACUAUUGCCCUCUUGCUUUCAUUGAAUUAAUUUUUAAAUAGACAAUAUUAUUAAAACAUACAUAAUGAGAGCAAAGUUGGAUACUGUGUGGAAUAUAUUAUGCAGAAACUCAAAUAGUACUGGGUAAAUGCAAUAUUGAACAACUGUGCAAAACAGGCCCAUGAAGGAUCCACAAAUCUUUGGUCAGCAUUGAUUUCUAGCCCGCUGCCAUGCUACCAGUCUGUACGAGUCGAGUGCACAGUGGUUCAAUACGGUGGUAAAAUCCCAGCAUGGGCUAAAGUAGAAUUGCUUUGCAUAAAUUUUGAUGGACUGAAAGUUCAGUUUGAUAAUUGGCCAAUUUCAAUGUCAAAGUUUCAAGCCAGACUUAUUCACAAAGCCAUGGAACAUUUUGAGGAGUCAAGCUGCAUUUUGUGA